UCCGACGUGGCACCGAGAACAACGGACCAAGGAGAGUGGAGAGAAAGAGAGAGAGAGGGGGAGAGGGGGCGAGGAAGAGAGAGAGAGAGAGAGAGAGCGAGCACCAUUCGUCAUUCGUUCGCGGGCAACGAGGGAACACCCAGCCUGCUUCUUGGCGCGUGUCGUGUCAUUUGCCAACUUGUUCGAGACAUGUUCCUCACGAGAGAAAUGCGCUGUUUGUUUUUCUUUCUGGUUUUGGCAACGUCGUGGCUCCCGGACGGCUGCAGGGCUGACGAAGAAGGCGCUGCAGCCGACGUCGAGGACCAGGAGGAGGACAACGGAGACGACGAGCCAGAAGUGUGUGAACCCGCCUUGGCUGACGAGUGCUUUGACGACGUCCUCGAAAACAUCCUGUGCCACGUUUUGUCUCCCGUGGGACGCAACUGCACCAUGAGGAACGCCAAGGAUCUGUGCGUAGGCUUCGACGACGCCCUCAACUGCACUUCCGGCAUCAUCGACUCGUCCUGCAGUGAGAAGGAAGGUCGACUCACCUUCGACACUUGGCUCAUCGGGUUGAGGGCCGUGGAGCUCGAUCUGUGUCAGGGAGAGAUACUGGAACCCAUACAGACUCUUCUGGAUAACACAAGGUGCUGGAAUUUUAAAAAAUUUAUUACUUGUAUUGAGUCUGAGGCGAACGUCACGCACGUCUCCGAUCUCCUGACCACCGACCUCGAUGCUUAUGAAUGCAACCGUCUCCAGCUGGCAGUCGGUGUUUGCAACGCUAAGGCGGAAAAGAACAGGUGGUUCUGCAAAGGCAAGGCGGAGGUGUUGCACAGGGCUCUCGCAGUCUUCUUCUCAGCCACUAACUGCGGGGCGCUGACUUCUGCUUGCCGGAGCUUGAAGAUGGGAGGAACGACCGGGGCGACGGUGCUGUCGACGCUGGUGGUGAUGGCGGUGCUCCUCGCUCUCCUGGGCAUCAUCUUGGUAAGGAAGGGCGUCCUGGCUCUCAACAGCACGAGAAGACGACAUGAGGAUGCGCUCGACUCUGACGGCCCGCAGGAAGACUACAGCAGACUCACUUAGGGGCGUUCUUGUGUGGGUUUCUUUCUUUUAUGGGGGUUGUUUGUGUGUGUGUGUGUGUGUGUGUGCGUGCGUGUGUGUGUGUGUGUGUGUGUGUGUGUGUGUGUGUGUGUGUGUGUGUGUGUGUGUGUGUGUGUGUGUGUGUGUGUGUGUGUUAGGGAGGGUGAGUGUUGUUAUGAGAUGUGGGUGGGAGGAUUAGAUUAGAGGGAGAAUGGAGGAAGGGUAGAGUGAGAAGGGGAGAGAAGGAGGGAUAAGGAUAGAAGAAAGAUAAAAUAGAGAGAGAAGGAGAAUGGAAGGAUGGUGGGUGGGAAGGAGGAGAUGGAGAGACGGGGAGGAUGGAACGAUGGAGGAGUGGUUGAUGGAGAGGGAGAGACGGGAAGGAUGAAGAAAGGGUGGAGACAGGGAAGUAAGAAAGCGAGAGAGAAGAGAAAGUAGGGAGAGAGAAGAAGAGAGAGAUAACUGUACGAAGAAACACAAUAAAAGCGGAAGGAAAAGUGUCUUUUGUGCAUUCGUCUAUCGAAGUUAAUUUCCCUUUAGCUGCAGUUUGCAGCUUCAUUGUGGCGAUUGAGUUUAGCAAUGGACACUGGCGUGCAAAAUUGAGGUUGAUAGUACUUGUGUGCCUGUGUAUGUCUGUUCAAUAAGAACAAAUAACUGACGCCUGGUUAUUCCCCAUCGUAUUUAUCAGUUACUACUAUUGCUGCCAAGGUUACACAAAUAGACAAGAUUAUCCUUGAAAAAAGGGAAGAUUUGAAUGGUUUACUGUACUUCAGUUUCGUCCACAGAAUGUGUACCUCAUUUCCUUGUUCAUUAUUUCCAUUGUGCAUUGCGAUAAUCAUCCUCUUUAUUGUAAAAAUAUGCUUAUAAACUAGUGACUGUAAACACCUUGCUAUUUUAAGAUCAAUAAAAAUCCACACAUAAG